GGAAAGCUCAGAUUCCUCUCCGUGGACGUAAGCGAUUGUCGAUUUACGUAAAUCACGGGUCUUUGUGCUAUUGUUCUAGUUUCUAUGAUAAAUUGCUCUUCUCCUUGGUUCGAACACAAGUUUCUCGGUGUUUCCAUAUUGUCAGGCGAUCGAUUUCCCUAGGAAGACGGAGGACGUAUACUUUUAUAUUCUCUCCAUGAUUCGUAGUACUCCAACCAACAACUUAGGAGAAAACGAAGAAGUAUGCGUUGGAAGCACCACAACACGUAAAGCGAAAGAAAAGAUGGCAACUCACAUCCCCGUCGAGAUUAUAAUUCAGAUACUUGAAAAACUACCUUCAAGAUCUCUCUUAAGAUUCAAGUCUGUCUGCAAGUUGUGGCGUUCUAUCAUACAGGGCCAAGACUUUAUCAUCCGCCACCUGCACAACAACAAUGCUAGAGCUUCACAUGAUCUCAGUUUUGUUACUCUGUUUCGAUACAGUACUAAACGUCGAUUCAUCGACUUGAGGUAUUUCAUCAAAGAGUGGGGCAAAUUUGAAAUAAGAGGUGCCAAAAAUUCUUAUUACUAUGACGUCUCAAAUUCAUGUAAUGGCCUGAUAUGUGUUUUCGGGAGCAAGUUUACUUACGUGGUGAAUCCCAGCAUUGGAGAUUUCGUGGAACUUCCGACAUUUCUCGCUUAUGCUUUGCCGGUUCAACAUAACGUGGCAUUAGUCCAUGACGCGGAAACAUAUGAAUACAAGGUUAUUCGAACAUUUACAAAUGAAGAAAACAGCUCGGGAUGUUUCAUAUUUACUCUUGGAUCAAGUACUUCAUGGCGAUUUAUUGGAUGUGCUCCUUUUCGAUUAUACGAAUGUGGUAUUCCUGCAGUUGUCAAUAAUAACAUAUACUGGUCUAUCAGUCCUAUGGCUUGUCAUGACGGACCAGAAAUUGGUGUUUCAUUAAAUAUUAAGAAUGAGACUUUUGAUAUAGUUAUGCAUCCAGAUUACACACCAGGAGUACUUUCACGGAUCUACGAGGUGGGAGGUGAUCUGUGCAUAUUAGACUCACCCAAUAACUUGUACUUGCCCGAUACCUUGGACUGGAAUCUGAAAACCAUGUGGACUCUGAAGGAUUAUAGAAACAAGGAGUGGAUAAAGCAUGACAUGAAUUUGAACAAUAUGCAAAAUUUGACGCGAAGUAUAGCCACCCAAUUUGUGCUUGUGGGGAUUCGAAAUGGGAAGAUUUUGACAUCCCAUGUAACUGGCAGGUUUGAUUUCUAUGAUCCUGAAACGGGACAUUUUGAGAUGGCAUUGGAGGAACCUCAUCAACUUCAUGCAUAUGCUCUUCAUUACGUUGAAAGCUUAAUCUCACCCACUGCACUUCAAAACAGCACCAAAUAGAGAUCUUGGUGGUGAUUGAAUUGAACUUUUUCCAAGGCUUGGAUAUAAUUCUAUCCUGUUGGAGUAAACAACUGCUCAGUUUUUAGAGACAAGAUAAGGCUUCAGGCUCAUAGAGAUAUGCUAGUAAUUUCGAUUGUGCAUGCUACUGUGUGUUUUUAUUUUUAUUUUUUAUUUUAUUUAUUUAUUUUUUUACUUUUUUUGUGGAUUCGUGAGGUUGCAAUAAUUCAAUUAAAUAGCUGUUUCCAUGUUA